UUAGAUCGAGCACGUUCGAUGAAAUCGAGAAAUUUCUGCAGAUGGGUAUAAAUAUGACUCCCAUCGUCAAUGCCUGUCAGAAUCAGAGAAGUUCAACGUUACACAAACUCAUAGCGAGAGAUAAACCCACAUUAUUCGUCAACUUUAUUCGCCGUUAACAGCGAUAUUGCUAGAAAAUUUGACUAUACAACAACAACGCGACUGAAAUAUGGGAGUUUCAACGAAAUCACCAGCGAUUGGCAUAGAUUUGGGCACAACAUAUUCCUGUGUAGGUGUUUUCCAGCAUGGUAAGGUGGAAAUCAUCGCCAACGACCAGGGAAACAGAACAACGCCUAGUUAUGUGGCCUUUACUGACAGCGAGAGACUGAUCGGCGAUGCGGCCAAAAAUCAGGUGGCUCUCAACCCUAAAAACACCGUCUUUGACGCCAAGCGAUUGAUCGGUCGGGAUUUUAACGAUCCUGUCGUUCAGGCGGAUAAAAAACACUGGCCGUUUACUGUAGUGAACAAAUUGGGGAAACCACGGAUCCAGGUGGAGUACAAAUCAGAAGAAAAGACAUUUGCACCUGAAGAAAUCAGUUCCAUGGUGCUCACCAAAAUGAAGGAGACGGCCGAGGCUUACCUGGGUCAGAAAGUGAAGGAUGCGGUGAUAACAGUUCCUGCAUACUUCAACGAUUCCCAGAGACAAGCCACCAAAGAUGCCGGUGCCAUCGCAGGACUUAAUGUGCUGAGGAUUAUCAAUGAACCCACGGCAGCAGCUCUGGCUUACGGACUGGAUAAAAACCUUAAAGGUGAGAAAAAUGUACUUAUUUUUGAUUUAGGAGGUGGAACGUUUGAUGUGUCCAUCCUCACCAUAGACGAAGGAUCCAUGUUUGAGGUUCGGUCAACAGCUGGAGACACUCACUUGGGAGGGGAAGACUUCGACAACCGACUUGUGAACCAUUUUGUUCAGGAGUUCAAGAGAAAACACCACAAAGACAUCAGUGGUAAUAAACGCUCACUUCGCCGUCUGCGUACAGCAUGCGAGCGAGCCAAGAGAACGCUGUCCAGCAGUGCCGAUGCCAACAUCGAGAUCGACUCCCUGUUUGAGGGCAUUGACUAUUACACCAAAAUCACACGGGCAAGGUUUGAGGAGUUGUGUUCAGAUUUGUUCAGGGGAACCCUGGAACCUGUGGAGAAAGCUUUGCGAGAUGCCAAGAUGGACAAGUCACAAAUCCACGAAAUUGUCCUUGUUGGGGGCUCUACCAGGAUUCCAAAAAUCCAGAAAUUGUUGAAGGACUUCAUGAAUGGAAAAGUGCUGAACAAGUCGAUCAACCCUGACGAGGCUGUGGCUUAUGGCGCUGCUGUCCAGGCUGCAAUUUUGACCGGGGAACAGAGCGAGGUGAUCAAAGAUGUGCUACUUGUGGAUGUGGCACCAUUGUCAUUGGGAAUUGAGACAGCUGGUGGAGUCAUGACUAACCUGAUUGAAAGGAACACCAGAAUCCCGAUGAAAACCUCCCAGAUCUUCACCACUUAUGCAGAUAACCAGCCAGCUGUGACCAUCCAGGUGUAUGAGGGAGAGCGAGCCAUGACCAAGGACAACAACAAACUUGGCACCUUCGAGUUGAAUGGCAUUCCACCCGCACCAAGAGGGGUGCCUCAGAUAGAGGUUACUUUUGAUAUCGAUGCCAAUGGCAUUUUGAACGUGUCUGCGCAGGAUAAGAGCACUGGAAAGCAAAACAAAAUCACCAUCACAAAUGACAAGGGCAGGCUGAGUAAAGAGGACAUUGAGAGAAUGUUGGCUGAGGCGGAGAAAUACAAAGACGAUGAUGCAAAACACAGAGAACGUGUUUCUGCCAGGAAUCAGCUGGAGGGAUAUGUCUUCAAUGUGAAACAGGUGGUGAGUGAGCAUGGCAGUAAGCUCUCUGAGAAUGACAAGAACACUGUGAUAAGCACGUGUGAUGAGAUUCUGAAGUGGAUGGAUGGUAAUUCCUUGGCUGAAAAGGAGGAGUUAGAAUACAAACUUAAGGAGGUUCAGAACAUUUGCUCUCCGAUCAUGUCAAAGUUACACGGGGAGCCAAAAUCUGAUAACCCUGGUAACAGUGGCACUGCACAUAAUGGUCCCACAGUGGAGGAAGUUGAUUAAUGAUACAAUUUUUUAAUUUAUUGUGAUGCAGAUAAAAUUAAUGUUUUUGUAAACCACAUAUUUUUGUGAAAUUUUUAUGUUUUUGUGAUGGAAAUUUGGCUCUCUGCUAUGGUGAACAUACAGAAGAUUGCUGAAUUAUUCUUUGGUGCAAUAUACAACGCGGUUAAUGUGUAUGUUGUUUGAUGGUGUAAAAGAGACAUUAUGAAAAUGCUACUGUUUAAGUCAAACUUGCUGUAGUAUUUAGUGUGGAUGUGUAUAUGUUCAUCAUUCAUUUUUAUGUUCAGUAUUAAGAAAAGCUCAAGUUCCAUCCAGUUGUGUCACUGAACCAGGAUGAAAAGAUCUCAUUGUUUGUGAUAUCAAAUGUUUAAAUGUGUGUAUUUAUUUAAUUUAUUGUGGAGAAUAAAUAAGCAUUCUCAAUGAAGUUACA